CUCGAUUGGAUCAAAGAUCACACCAACAGGAGCAAAGCUUGAGAGUUGAAACGAUGCCUUCUCUCUCUCUCUCUCUCUCUCUCUCUCUCUCUCUCUUAAGUAAUAAUCUCUAGAGAGAGAAAGUUAAAGCUUUAUUUCCAUCUAUAUCCUAUCCAUUUCUUUCUCUCUGCUCCCCGGGAUUCUCUCCGCCGUCGAUUUCAUCCUUAUCAUUGUCGUCGCCACCGACAGCUGUAGGGCCCUUAAUUUUUCUUCUUAUAAAAAAUUUUUGAGGGAAUUUUUCGUUUUUUUGUUUUUCUUGGCCAUUAAAGGGUUAGGGUUUUUGAUUGCUAUAGAUAGAGAAAGUUUGGGGUUUGCGAUAUUAUGGAACCGCGUGUCGGCAACAAGUUUCGUCUCGGUCGCAAGAUCGGUAGCGGAUCAUUUGGAGAGAUCUAUCUUGGUACUAAUAUUCAAACAAAUGAGGAAGUUGCAAUUAAGCUUGAAAAUGUCAAGACAAAGCAUCCUCAAUUGUUGUAUGAGUCAAAGCUAUAUAAAAUUCUGCAAGGAGGAACUGGAAUUCCAAAUGUUAGAUGGUUUGGUGUUGAAGGGGACUAUAAUGUCCUUGUGAUGGAUUUACUUGGACCAAGUCUUGAAGAUUUGUUCAACUUUUGCAGUAGGAAACUGUCUCUCAAGACUGUUCUGAUGCUUGCAGACCAAAUGAUUAAUCGCGUUGAAUUUGUUCACUCCAAAUCAUUUCUCCAUCGAGAUAUUAAGCCCGACAACUUCCUAAUGGGUUUAGGGAGGCGUGCAAAUCAGGUGUAUAUCAUUGACUUCGGUCUGGCUAAGAAGUACAGAGACACUUCAACUCAUCAGCAUAUACCUUAUAGAGAAAAUAAGAAUUUAACGGGAACUGCAAGAUAUGCUAGCAUGAAUACUCAUCUUGGAAUUGAACAAAGCCGCAGGGAUGAUUUAGAAUCGCUUGGAUAUGUUCUAAUGUACUUUUUAAGAGGAAGUCUUCCUUGGCAAGGACUUAAAGCAGGCACCAAGAAGCAAAAGUAUGAAAAGAUCAGUGAGAAGAAAGUGUCAACCCCUAUUGAGACCUUAUGUAGGGGUUAUCCUACAGAAUUUGCAUCCUACUUCCAUUACUGUCGGUCACUGCGUUUUGAUGACAAGCCAGAUUAUGCUUACCUGAAGAGGCUUUUCCGUGAUCUUUUUAUUCGUGAAGGUUUCCAGUUUGACUAUGUCUUCGAUUGGACAAUUUUGAAAUAUCAGCAAUCCCAGAUUGCUAAUCCUCCUACUCGUGCACUUGGUCCUGGUGCUGGACCAAGUUCUGGCAUGCCUCCUGCUGGUGCAAAUGUUGACAGGCUGACAGGCGGGGAAGAAGGUAGAUCUGGUUGGCCUUCAGCAGAUCCCUCCAGAAGGAGAAAUUCUGGACCAAUCACAACCUCUGGAAAUUUAUCCAAACAAAAAGGUCCUGUUGCAAGUGAUCUACCCUCGUCCAAAGAUGCUAUUUUAUCCAGCUCAAAUUUCCUGCGGUCAAGUGGAACAUCAAGGCGACCUGCCAUUUCUAGUAGUCGUGAUGCAGCAGUUAUAGGGAAUGACUCUGAACCAACUCGCACUCGGACAACAGAUGUAAGCCCUGCAGUUAAAGUUUCCAGUGGUCAAAGAAGUUCACCGAUUGUUUCUGCAGAGCAAAAGAAUUCGACUUCUGGGAGAACAUCGACAAAUAUAAAAACUUUUGAAUCAACUCUUCGAGGAAUUGAAAGCCUGCACUUCAACAAUGAAGAGAGGAUACAAUAUUAGCGAACCCCAAUCUCAACUCUCCGGCUGUAAAUUUAGAAUCGUAUACUAUUGUCACGUAUGUGAAAAUGGAAUGUGUUAUCUCUCUCCAUAUGUUUACAAGCUGCUAACCGGCACAAUGCAUAUGCUAUCUAAUUCGGUUUCUUGUUUUGAAUUUGAUACAUCAGCACAGAUAUAAUAGAGUUGAGGUACCAACUGAUAGAAUAUGUAUAGCAACACGUUGCCAAUAUCAGUUUCAAAUUCUAUAAUAGAACAACAGAGCUUGUUGCUAUUUUUACUCUCUUAAAAUGAAUAUUAUUAGAAAGAA